GGCAUAUAGUUCACCUCCGGGGCACUGCCCGCCGUCGUGCGUGAUUGCGCGAAACGUGGCCGCGCCCUCUCCGGCGGCUCUGUUCUUUGCGGCCACGCGCCGCCUCGCUAGGCGCCCGUGCUUGUUGGCGGCCCGCCUGCCGCGUUGCAGUGCUCAUGUCGGUGCUCCGGCCAGCUUGGGGCGAGCGGCGCGGCCGGCGGAGGCGUUUCCCCACCGCCCAGGCGUUUCCCUACCGUGUGACGGGCGAUUGGGGCGCUAAAGCUGUGGCCACCGGCGGCAAUUCUCAAUCUGACCAAGCAGGAGCGGCCGGACUGCCCACGGCGCCGCUGCCUUUCCGUGGCUUGGGCGCAAGGGUCCAAAUAUAUGGCCACGGCCGGCCGCGCGGGCGGCCGGCCGGGAUAGAAAGCAAGGGCCGCGGCGCACGGCGGGCUGUGUGUUCGGCGUCGUGUGGGCCCCGCUCGCCCCGUCUUGUGUAUGGGGCGCGCGUGUGUCGGGAUGAAAUGGCCCCGCCGGCCAUGCUCCCUCCCGGGCAGGCCCUUCAUUAUACCAGUCACCCAGCCAGGGUUGGCGCCCGCGCGCGGGCCGGGCGGUGGUUGGUUCGUUCUGUCCACCCCAGUCAUGGGCGCCCUGUCUGUAGUCAUUUUCAUCUCCUUUCGGCGGACGCGCCCAAGCCCGAGCGGACAGGGGUGGGGCGUGGUGUGCCCCUGCUGGAUUCCGAGGGAGCAUGUUUUAGCCCCGGUCGCGCGCGGGUGGGGUUCGUAUUUUAGGAUCGAUGGCCUGGCGCCGCGCGCGGUGUGUUUCCUUUUGGCAGGAUGGAGGGGGCGGGUGCAGCCUAGGUCAGGUCCUCGUCCCUGUUCUGUCCUUCAGGCACACAGCCCCCAUCGAAGCCCGGAAACUUCAUUCCUCCCAUAAUUGGAGGCGUAUUACUAUUUCACGAUCGGCAACUUU